GUUUCAUUGGGUUUAGAAUUAAAUUUUUGGACUUUAAGAGGCAUUACCAUGUCAUUGCCACGUCGUCAUUGCCAUGUCACUACCACAUCACCUACCAUGUCAGUUGCUAUUUCCACAACAGAUUAUUGCUUGCCGUGUCAGCUAGGUUCUGUUUUAUGUGUAAUCCCGUGUGGGCUAGCUUGGGACCAUUUCUAGGGUACUCUAGGGUUAGGGUAGGAUAUGUUUGA